CUCUGUGACGUCAUCCGGAACCCGACGAGGCGGGGCCGCGGGUCCAGGCGGCUGGAGGGUCCUCGCCGAGUCGUGAUGAGCGAGGGCAGCGCGGGCGACCCGGGCCAUGGGUCCAGCCGGCAGCGGGCCGUACACCCAGAGAACCUGUCUCUGGGUUCUAGCUGUUUCUCUCCACCUGUGAACUUCCUUCAAGAGCUGCCAAGCUAUCGGUCAGUGGCACGUAGGAGGACAAACAUCCUCUCUCGGGACAAGCAGAGUGGCACUCUGCUGAAGCCGACAGACUCUUUCAGUUCCCAGCUGGAUGGAGGAAUCACAGAAAACCUCAGCAGCCAGUCCAUCCGCAAGUAUGCACUGAACAUCUCUGAGAAGCGGAGACUAAGGGACAUUCAGGAAACCCAGAUGAAGUAUUUAUCAGAGUGGGACCAGUGGAAACGGUACAGCAGCAAGUCCUGGAAGAGGUUCCUAGAGAAAGCUCGAGAGAUGACAACCCACCUGGAGCUGUGGCGCAAAGACAUCCGUAGCAUUGAAGGGAAGUUUGGCACAGGGAUCCAGUCCUACUUCUCCUUCCUACGGUUCCUGGUGGUGCUGAAUCUGGUGAUAUUCCUGAUCAUCUUCAUGUUGGUUUUGCUCCCGAUCAUACUCACCAAGUACAAGAUUACCAACAGCACUUUCGUGCUCAUUCCGUUCAAAGACAUGGAUAUUCAGUGCACACUGUAUCCAAUAAGUAGCUCUGGGCUCAUUUACUUCUACAGUUACAUCAUAGACCUGCUGUCUGGCACGGGGUUCUUGGAGGAGACCAGCCUUUUUUAUGGACACUACACCAUUGAUGGUGUAAAAUUCCAGAACUUCACAUAUGAUCUGCCCCUGGCUUACUUGAUAAGCACGAUCGCCUACCUGGCCCUGAGCCUUCUUUGGAUAGUGAAAAGGUCGGUGGAAGGGUUCAAGAUUAACCUGAUUCGGAGUGAGGAACACUUUCAGAGUUACUGUAACAAGAUCUUCGCUGGCUGGGACUUCUGCAUCACCAACCGCAGCAUGGCUGAGCUGAAGCACAGCAGCUUGCGGUAUGAGCUCCGAGCAGAUCUGGAAGAAGAGAGAAUACGACAGAAAAUAGCAGAAAGGACCUCAGAGGAAACCAUCCGCAUUUACUCUUUGAGGCUGUUUUUGAACUGCAUUGUGCUGGCUGUGCUAGCGGCAUGCUUUUAUGCAAUCUACCUAGCAACUACCUUCUCACAGGAACACAUGAAAAAAGAAAUUGACAAGAUGGUUUUUGGGGAGAACCUGCUAAUAUUGUACCUCCCGUCCAUUGUGAUUACCCUGGCCAAUUUCAUUACCCCAAUCAUCUUUGCCAAGAUCAUCCACUACGAGGAUUACUCGCCAGGCUUUGAGAUCCGCUUGACGAUUCUUAGGUGUGUGUUUAUGCGGCUGGCCACCAUCUGUGUGCUAGUGUUCACGCUGGGCUCCAAGAUCACAUCCUGUGGUGACAGCACGUGUGAACUCUGUGGCUAUAACCAGAAACUCUACCCGUGCUGGGAGACUCAGGUGGGACAGGAAAUGUACAAGCUGAUGAUCUUUGACUUCAUCAUCAUCCUGGCCGUGACACUGUUUGUGGAUUUCCCUAGGAAGCUCCUGGUCACCUACUGUGCCUCCUCAAAACUGAUCCAGUGCUGGGGCCAGCAGGAAUUCGCCAUCCCAGACAAUGUCCUGGGCAUCGUGUACGGGCAGACCAUCUGCUGGAUUGGAGCCUUCUUCUCCCCACUCCUCCCUGCCAUCGCCACCUUGAAAUUCGUUAUCAUCUUUUAUGUGAAAGAGCUGAGUCUUCUGUACACCUGCAGACCCUCCCCCCGGCAGUUCAGAGCAUCCAAUUCUAACUUCUUCUUCCUACUGGUGUUGCUGAUUGGGCUGUGCUUAGCGAUCAUACCUCUGACAAUCAGCAUGGCUCGCAUCCCUUCCUCAAAAGCCUGCGGCCCAUUUACCAACUUCAACACCACCUGGGAGGUGAUUCCCCAGACUGUAAGCACCUUCCCCAGCUCGCUGCAGACCCUGAUCCAUGGCAUUACAUCAGAAGCAUUUGCAGUGCCUUUCUUCAUGAUCAUCUGCCUCGUCAUGUUCUACUUCAUUGCCCUGGCUGGAGCACACAAGCGGGUGGUUGUACAGCUCCGAGAGCAGCUGUCCCUGGAGAGUCGUGACAAGCGUUAUCUUAUCCAGAAACUAACAGAAGCUCAAAGGGAUGUUCGGAGCCAGCCUGCUUCAGCAUGAAGAUGCUGCCUGCAACUUCUCAGCACACAGCUCUGAUGACCUACAGAGUCCACCUGGGGUUUGAGUGGAAAUGACUUUUGGUGACUUAGUCAAGCAGGCUGACCCCCAGCCUGACCCCCAGGGAGCUUGCUGCGGACUACACCAAAAUACUAACUUCUUGAGCUGUUCAGCCUCUCAAGAUCAGAGAGGGGAGACUUUUAUUUAUUUAUUUUUUGUUUUUGUUUUAGACUUUUGUAUAUUUUUUAAAAAGGUUUGUGUGUGUUGUUUUUUAGAGUAAAACUGAGAUUUCUUUGGAAGCCUUUCCAGGCUGAGUGAAUACCCUCCCAAAUGCCACUGGUGACUUCAAAUUAAACCUGUCAUCUUUUUUUCAAAUGAGCAGGAAUCUUCAGAUGCUAAGGCUUAGAACAGCUGAUAGAGAGGCAUCAUAGUGGCAGAAAGGAAGUCCAUCCCUGCUGUGGACCGUGGUCACACUUGAAUUCCUGCCCAUGGCAGUCAGUACCACCCCCUUGAGGAGGGGACUGGGGCAGGUGGCAGUCUCAGGUUCUCGGCUUUCUGAGGACUUUUCUCCAGCCUUGUUAGCCACCAGCCUUUAGUCUCCACCCGGCCCCACGUUCUAAGGUUUGGUGACAGAACUGAAGAGGGGUGUAACCUGGCAAGGUGCUCAGGCGGUUCCUCUCCAUUUUCCAAAUGCUGUUCCUCUUCCUUGCAAGGAGCUUUUCAUCCCUGAAGGACGAGGAGCAUUUCAGAGCCAGGCUGCAACAUGCUUUUUGGUAUUGGAGCUGGGAUUAAGGAUCAGUGGUUAUAAGUGUGAUUUCAGAUACAGGUCCACAGCCCAGCCUGUUCAUAAGAACGCCCCGUAAUACAAACAUAGGUUGGGUUCUGAUUACUUAAGUACACAUUUCAAAGGGCUAGGUUUUGUUUGCCUGAGUUUUUAAAACUUUGCGUGUGUGUACCUUUGUUUUUAUAAAACAUUACACUGACAGAGUAUCUCUUGAGAUCUCCAGUCUAGUAAAAGCCGUAUUUAAUAAAUACCUCAUCAUAAGCCUCCCUUAUGGGGUGACCCUUUUAGUGGUGUCUAAUUUGAUCUGCUUUCACUUUAAGGUCUUUGUCAGUGUGCUGCAGUCCUGUGAUGGACAGGUGGAGUCUUUACUGUUUCUCACUGGCUCCUAACCUUUAAAUUUCAAUUAAUGUCUUAGAAAGCAGCCAAGAAGGAUUUCCCUGCUCUGACCACUACCUUGUUCCUCAAAAAUGAUUGGCUUCUCCCUCUGGAAGCAAAGCAAACUCGUCGUGGUUUGCAUGUCUAUGUGUAUAAAGGGUGCUUUGUCAGGUGUGUGUGUGUGUGUGUGUGUGUGUGUGUGUGUGUGUGUGUGUGUAUGUAUGUUUUCAUAUGUACAUCUGGAGGCAGAACUCAUAUCAUCAAGCUCAACACAAUCAUUUCUUUCGUCUUCCAUGAGGCUGUUAACCUGGGAUAUUUUUGUUCCUGUGGGAAUGUGUGCUUCCUAACAUUUUCUUGUGUUUGAAGAUCUAUGAGUUUUUAAGCCUAACAGCAGGAGUUUUGAGUAAACCAAAGUUCAUUCCAUCUUCACUUUACAAAUCCUGGUUGUUGGCAUUUUUUGCCUAGUGCCUUCAUGUAAUAUUGUCCUCACUGUGCCCUGGGGAUUAUCUGCAUUCCCGUGUUUGUAGGAAUGGUGGAUAAAAUAACAAUAUAUUUAUUAUAAAACAGAUAACAAAAUAUGCCAGUUGGUAUGUUAGUUUUAGUUAGUGCUGCUAAUGUGCGCACCUCUUACUUGAAUAUUUUGAUAACUUUGAAUAACCAGACAAUGUCUGUAUAGUUUUAAAGUGCAGCUCUCUAACAGGUAUGUGUUAAACUACUGAUACAGUGUCUUGAAAGUUUUAAAGAAUGGUUGUCCUUGAACCCACAGAACUCAUCACCGAUCAAGUGAUGAAGAGAACUGCAAUACUCUGCAAUACUCUGUUGCUCUUUCUCACUGCAGUUAGAGGAAGUAGCAUUUUGACAUUGAUGGAUGUGUUAGAUGAGUCUUGUCUCCUCUUGGCUAUUCAGAAGCCAAAGACAAGCAUGUUUGUAUGUUUUGAACUUCAAAGAUAAAGAUAUCUUAAGCAUUUUAUAUCUUGCUACCAUUGAAAGCCAUUGUUGUAUUUAUUAUUCUAUAAAUAUAUAAUAAAUAUUGAAAGUAG